ACGACGAACGUCCUUGUCCUCUUUCUCCUUCCUCUCGACGCCGCACGCGUGACGGCGUGAGCGCCGGCUCGAGCUCGCGAUCGGCCGAGGGCGAACCACCAGCCACGCGUCGCCGCCCAGAACCGUUUCCUACCUCUCCCACACUCGCGCCCGCGUCUCCGUCCUCUCCUCAUCCUGUUGGCAAGGCGGGCUGCAGCGAGACGAGCGGCGUCGGCAGCGAGGGGACCCGGCAGUGGCAAGGCGGGCGUGGGGGUGGGGCUGGCGGCGAGGCAGGCCGGGUCGUGAAGAAGCGAGGAAGAAGCAGGCCCCCAUCAAACGCCAUCCCUCCACCGCAACUGCACUUCUCUCCCCUUCCCUCGCAGGUGUCCUCGCAGCCGUCAUCCCCCUGGGCUGGUGUGGAGUGGGGAUUCAUUCGGUCUCGUCUUGAUUUCUUCUCUUUUUGAGUAAGAAGAUAGAUUAAGAAUGGCUGCACGGAGCACUUCUAUGGCCUCUGAGGAUGAUUAUGAAACUGAACAGAAGAAGCAAGCUGCUGCAGAUGUUCUUUUCCACUAUUCGCAGUUUGUUAUGGUGUGCAUUGGUGAGGGCGUUCGCCCAACUGAUCUCAGGUUGCACCUUAUGAAGGAAGUUUCAGGAAUGCCCACUUCUCUAAAGGAGCCACAACAGGCAGCUGCCUCACCGGAUUCAAGUGGUGAACCGUCCUCCUCUGGAACUAUGAAAGGGGACAAGAACGAAAUCUCAUAAGCUUCAUCGAUCAUCCUGCUCAGGUCUCCUGCCUCCUGGUGGUGUUCCUUGCGCAGUGAGAAGACAACAGCCUUCAGAUGAUGAGACAUGCUUGCUGCUAGUGCUUUCGACAACAAUUAAUUGCAUCAUAGGGAUGUAAAUUUCUUGUAUUUUUUCUUUUGCUUUUUCUCUGUGGCUUUUUUAAAAUUCAUUUUCCAAAUGACUACACACAAAAUUGUUGCUA